AACACGCAAACUCUUGUCGUCAUUAUUGUUUGCUGUUUGAGCCGACGGCAACAACGGUCGGAUAGAAGUGUUUCCGCCUGCUUUACCGUCACCGUUAUGAUUGUGUUGCGAGUACUGACGUGUUUGACUUUAGUGUCGCUGUCAGGCGGUCAGACACUGAAUCUGUAUGAGAAUGUUACACUGAUUGGUGGAUGGACUGUCUACCCUAUUAGCUACAUCGUCGUGGAGAAUGCGAGUGUUGCGUUAUGGUGCAAGCGGGAUGACACAGUCAUUCCUGUGUAUCAGGUUAAAUCGUUUGACGAGACCACUUUUGGAAAUGCGAUACAGAAGUUUGGGCUCUCAUAUGAAUCUGGGACACUAAAACUCAACAUUGACAGAUUCAGUAAGAAAUACGAAGGUGAUUGGCGGUGUUAUGCAACGGUGCUAGAUGCUAAUCUUAGAGCUACGACUCAUACUGGUCCAGUUCGUAAGGUAGAGCUUGCAGUUGCUCCUACCAUCAGUCAGUUUACUGCUCCCAAUACCAACUUGUCGGAUUCCGUGACGAUUACUUGUGGAUCUCCUGAAGCUAAACCAGAUUCUUCUUACCUGUUCAUCAGACGGCAGAAAACAGGACAGAUACUGAAAAAUGCCUCACUUACAAAAACUGUGAGCUAUACUAUUGACAAAGUCAAAGAAACUGAUGCUGGACUAUACGAGUGUGUUGGUGAAAACAAGGCUGGACGUAGAAGCGGGACAGUGUAUUUUACAGUUCAGACUGUUCCUCAUACUCUCAUUCUAAACGGACAAAACAGUUACACAAUCAGUCAAAUGGAUAACAUCAUAUUUAGAUGCGAGUCUUCAGGCAUUCCAGUGCCAGGAAUUUGGUGGUUUCAUGAUGACCAAAUGCAAAAGGCUGGUGAGCAAGGAAGCAGUAUAUUGACUAUCACAUCUGCAAAGAAAAUCGACACGGGCACUUACACAUGUGAAGGAAAGAAUGAUGCAGGAGUGGACAUGGAUACAGUUGUUCUUCAAGUGAGAGUUCCACCUGAUGCACCAACUAACUUGACGGCUAACGGAAGAACAAAUGUUUCUAUCACUUUGUCAUGGACAGCUGGAUCUGAGAACUUCAGUCCAAUUGAUGGAUAUGAAGUGAUCUAUAGACAGACCGGAUCUAGUGAUUGGAUGAUUGCUGGAAACUUCAGUGAUGGAGGAACUACGACAGAACAGCUGGUCGAGGGAUUGAUACCAUUGACUGAUUAUGACUUUAGAGUGAGAGCCAGGAAUGCUAUUGGAGAAGGCGAAUUCAGUGACAUAGAAAAACUGAUAACACAUCCUAAUGGCAAGAAAUGCUAA